AUGAGCUGCAGCAUCAAGAGAACAUCCAGCACCUCGUACCGCAGCGGCGGAGGUGGCGGGGCCUGUGGUGGCGGGAGCGGCAGGGGCUCCUCCGUCUCCUGCAGGCGCUACGCCUCCUCCGUCAUCGGCGGGGGCAGCUAUGGGGGGGGAGCGUGCGGCGCUGCCUACAGCGGGGGCAUGAGCGCGGGCAGCCUCUCUGGGGGCUUUGGGGGUUGCAUGGGAGGGGGCUUUGGUGGCGGCUUUGGGGGAGGCUUUGGUGCCGGGGGGGACCUCCUGCUCAGCGGCAAUGAGAAGGUCACCAUGCAGAACCUCAAUGACCGCCUGGCCACCUACCUGGACAAGGUGCGCAGGCUGGAGGAAGAAAAUGCUCAGCUGGAGCACCACAUCCGCGAGUGGUACAGGAAACAAGCUCCCAGCAUUUCAAAGGACUACAGCUCCUACUACCAGACCAUCGAACAACUCCAGAACCAGAUCAUUGCUGCCACUGUGGAAAAUAACAGAAUGCUUCUGGACAUCGAUAACAGCAAGAUGACAGCUGACGACUUCCGGAUGAAGUAUGAGAAUGAGUUGGUCAUCCGUCAGACCGUGGAGGCUGACAUCAAUGGCUUGAGAAAUCUUCUGGAUGACCUGACUCUGGUUAGAUCUUCCCUGGAAUCUGAGCUCGAGUCCCUGAAGGAUGAGCUGAUUGCUCUUAAGAGAAACCAUGAGGAGGAGAUGAGGCAGCUGCAGUCCCAGACUGGAGGUGACGUGAGCGUGGAGGUCAAUGCUGCCCCUGGCCAAGACCUGACAAAGAUACUGAAUGACCUGAGGAACGAAUACGAGCAGAUCAUCGAGAAGAACCGCAGAGAGGUGGAGCAGUGGUAUGAAGUCAAGAUUGAAGAAGUCAACCGUCAGGUCACUUCUAGCAGCCAGGACAUCCAGACAAGCAGCCACCAGCUCACUGAGCUGAGGCGCGACAUGCAGAACCUGGAGAUCGAGCUGCAGGCGCAGCUCAGCACGAAAGGCUCUCUGGAAAACUCCUUGGCAGAAACCGAAUCUCGCUACGGCUGCCUGCUGCAACAGAUCCAAGGGCAGAUCAACUCUGUAGAGGAGGAGCUGGCCAGCAUCCGCUGUGAGAUGGAGAGUCAGAACCAGGAGUACAAGAUGCUCCUGGGCAUCAAGACCCGCCUGGAGCAGGAGAUAGCUCAGUACCGGGCUCUGCUGCAGGAGGGACAGCAGGACAUUGUUGCCUCUCAAGCAGCUUUCCAAGGAGGUGGAAAAUCCUCCCAUUCAUACUCUUCUGCUUCCUACUCUCAUUCCCAGUGUGGCGACAUGUCAGGACAGGCAAGAGUGUGCUAG